AUGGGUUUCAGUGGUAUUGCUACUGCCCAGAUUCUUAACAUCCCCAUGUCAGUCGUAACGAUUGCCCUCCUUCUGGGCUCCGGAUGGGCGUCCAACAAAGCAAGAAUCCCGGUCCCUCUAUUUCCGAUUUCCAGUUGCGUCAUCACUGUGGCUUGCUAUUCCGUUUUGGUUGCCUAUCCUCACGACAUUGGUGUCUACAUUGCCAUGAUUAUCGGGAAUGCAUUCUCCAUCGCGUGGUUUCCUUAUGGACAGAUUGGUGAUGCUAUUGGGCCGCAGAUGUUCCAAGAUGCCUAUGAACCGCGCUAUCAGCUGCCAUUUGGGCUCGCGAUGGGACUCAAUCUCCCAGCCUGGGUCACUGACAAUUUCACCGUCACCCCUGGGGGCUACCACGAUGGCCAACCAUCUCGCAACAAAUUGGUAAUCUUCGCCGAUGGCACCUACCUUGAGUUCUUCAACUGGUACGAUAAGCCACCGGCCCUCGAUGAUGAGGAGUUGCCCAUGAGAUUUUGGGGUCCUAAAUCCCCGGGGCUGAUCGACUUCGCCAUCACCAACACAACCCACUCUGCUGAGGAAUUGGUGGGUACGGUCAACGAACGAUUGUCCGAGGGGCCCGAGAAAGACGCCGGCCUUGGCGUCAAAUUCGGCAGACCGAUUGCGGGCUCACGCAAGAAGGCUGAUGGCGUGGAGAUCAGCUGGAAGGUCACGCGUCCGGAGUUCUCCCAAGGCGACAAGACGCCCGGCCAAGAGCUCUUCGCCGACGGCAGAAUCGACGUCCCGUUCUUCUGCCACGACGUCACCUUGCGAGCUGGAAGGGUUCCAAGUGAGGACGAGAAGAAGACGACACACCCUUGCGGUGCCACUGGCAUUGCGGCUUGCGAGAUCCUCGUGCCCAAGCACCUGCUGACCGAGUACGCUCGUGUCUACUCCAAGAUUCUCGGCUCCAAGUUCGAGCCUGCCGCCGGAAAGAGCUCGUACACCUUCGACAUCGGCGUGCCGCAGGGUUGUUCCCGAUCCACGGUGGUAGUGCGCGCUGCUGAGAGUGAGAAAGACAUCAAGCGCAUGCAAGAGAGGGGAAUUGGUUUCUCCGGUCUUGUUCUUGCCGUCAAGGGCGAUGCCCCUGGUGGUGAUGCGAAGCGCCCGUUGGGCUCUACGGGCAUCGAGUCUACGAUCUGGUUGGAGAAGUCGAAGUCUUAA